UGUCUUGUUCGGAGAUCGAUCUUUUGAUUGUUGCUUGUUGAUUGUUUGUUCGUUGACGGGCAAGUGCAACGCUUUCAUUCUUAUACGAACGGGCCAAGUAGCAGAUUAUUUCUUGUUCGAAUGCCUCGUUGCAAAUUCACUGCCCAGAUUAUAUAGAUGAGCUUGAUCAGAUGAUCAUUUUACCCCAGUACCCCGUAUUUUAAAAUUCACUGUGGGGACGGGAAUCUACGGCUCAAUUACCUACAUCCAUCAUCCAUCAUCCAUCAUCCAUCAUCUUAUUAAAACCCUUCAAUCCUCCUUCCAAGAUAAACGCCAUUUAUUUCACAAUCAAUCACCUCUUCUUCAUUCCAACAAUACUUCUCAAUAACUUCUACGUAAAUACUUAAUUUUACAGUUAUUUGGUAUUGAACAACUUUCAUCAUGAUAUCACUUAACAUGAUAUCAACAAUUCUCCUCGGCGGCCUAGCAAGCUUAGCGGCAGCUCAAUCGCCCGGUCAAGCAUACACAGGAGUAGCCGGAAACAGCACCAUAGCCGGUUCCUCCCUCGGUCCCGACGCAAACGGCAAAUACGAACUCUCCGCCCCUGGUAUCCGAGCAAACUUCAUAGCCUACGGUGCAUCAAUCUCCAAUCUCUUCAUCAACGACACCUCCGGUAUCGAACGCGAUAUUGUCGGAGGUUUUGACAAUGCGAGUUACUAUGGAGUUGAUAGACAACAUCCGCAUUUUGGAGGCGUACCAGGUAGAUAUGCAAACCGUAUCAAGAAUUCGAGUUUUGUUAUUGAUGGAGAGACGUAUCAUGUGUUGCCGAAUGAAAAUCCGACAAAGGAUAAUCCAGAGGGUGUUGAUACGUUGCAUGGUGGUCCGAAAGGUUGGGAUUGGAGAAAUUGGACUGUGGUUGCUCAUACUACUAGUUCGAUUACUUUUAGUUUGACGGGUGAGUUUUGAUUUCUGUUUGGGGUUUGGAUUUCCGUUUUGAGUUUGGAUGAUUGGCUAAUUUUUGGGAUUAGAUCCAGAUGGAGAACAGGGAUUUCCUGGAGAGGUUGUUAGUUAUGUGACUUAUACUUUGAGUAAUAUGACUUGGUCAUUCAAAAUGAUUGCUAUUGCUACCACGAAGAAAACUCCCAUCAUGUUGAGUUCUCAUGUACGUAUUCCUUUUAUCUGUCUGACAUCAUUUUAGCUCCCCACACAAGUAUCUAAUAUAUCAUCAGACUUACUGGAACCUUGAUGGAUUCGCCAACAACGAAACAGCUACCGCUCUCAACCAUUCUCUCUACUUACCAUACGGUGGUCAAAGAAUCGGUACAGAUAGCAUCCUCAUACCCACCGGCGACAUCAUCGCAAAUCAACCCCAGUCCCUCAACGAUUUCUGGAGCACUCCCAAACAAAUCGGCGCCAACUUCACCAACCCAGACCUACUCGGAAACUGCGGCGAAAAUUGCACCGGCUACGACACAGCCUAUCUCACCAACCGCGACGCAGCCACCGUUUCCUCCUGGCACGUCUCCCCCGUAGCACGUCUCCGCUCCGCAUGGUCCGGCAUCCAAGUCGACAUCUUCACCGACCAACCAGCUUUCCAGGUUUACUCCUGCGGAGGCCAAAAUGGAUCUAUGGCGUUGAAAGAAACGCAGGGACUUUUUAAUGUUUCAGAUAGACCUCGUGUUAUCCCGCAGUAUGGAUGUGUGGUUAUGGAAGUCGAGGAUUGGAUUGAUGGGAUUAAUCAGCCUGCGUGGGGAAGAAAACAAAUCUGGGGUCCCGAGGAUGGUCCGUAUGUUUUGGAGGCGAAGUAUAAGUUUAGUUUGAAUAGUACUCGGAUGGGUUUGUUGGGUGAGGGAUCGGGCUAGAUGGUUGGUUGGUUUGUGAUGAUGAUUUGAUGAUAUGAUUGAUUGAUUGGCUUGAGUUUUUGGUGGAAUGUUGGGAAAUUCAAAGGGGGUUUAUUUAAUACAUACAUAGGUGCCUACAUAGAUAUAAUACUCGUU